CUGGCCAUUUAGCAGAUGUUGUCGGAAGGUGGUUGGUGAUUUCGGCUGAACGGCGGGUAGAGAUGGCAACAAAACCCGAACCCACGGGUACCCACCCGACUCAAUCCGGUCAACGCGGGUAAAAUCCAUGUUGACGGGUUUGGGGUCAGGUUCGGGUUUAAACCCGCUACACUAUUCAUCGGGUCGGGUUGGGUUUGGGUUUAGGUAAACCCGCCCCAUGGGUACCCGCCCACACACAUAUAAUUACUUUCCCGGUAUAUUUAAUAUUCUAAAUAAUAUAUCUUCCUUAAACAACUAAUAAUUUUUUAUGUUUGUGGAGACAUGUAUAAUUUGUUCUUUCUAAUUGUUUAGAAUGAAGUUGAUAUUUUGAAGUGAAGAGUAGGGCUGUCAACCGGUCGGUUAAACCGAGACCUGACCAGUGCCUACCGCCCACCGACCAACCCUGCACCUUAGUUAUCCGUGAAACCGACCGGGCGGUUUCGGUUAAUGCACGGUUAAACCGGCGCCAGCGAAAAAGAAGGCGACGGUUCGGUCUGCUGUCCUAACCGACCGAAGACCGCCAAAAAACCGACCGAAGACAGACCCAAACCGACUGCUUGUUAUCAGAGAGAGAUGAAGGAAUGGUCGAAUGGAGGCGCCGCCGCGCGAGGAUGGCGGACUGGACUCUGGCGGGUGGCGGACUAGAGGGUGGCGGCGAUUGAAGGGUGGUGGCGGCGACCGAUUGGUGACUGGCGGCGCGAUUGGAGGGUGGCGAAUCGUGACUGGCGGCGAUUGGAGGGUGGCGUCGAACACCGAGUUCCCGUUCUCGUUCACGAUCUGGACUCUGGCCUGCCCUCCGGCGAAGGAAACUGUAUACAGAGAGAUCCCAUUCCGAUUCCGGGGGAGGAGAAUUCGGGGACCGAAAAUUGGGGAAGAAAGGUAGAUUUUGUCUGGGCUAAUAGGAAAUUAGAAAAUUGGGGAUUUUCGAGAGAAAUCAGCUUAGCUAGGGAUUUUAUUGGAGACCGCCAAAAAUAAUCAGCGAAUUCUCAUAUCUACAAGCGCGAAUUCAAAUUCCAAGAACUCGUCCGCUUGCUGGUGACUCUGCUCGUCCUUCCUCCUCAUCGAAGUCACCGCCGGAGAUUGAGUAGUUUCGACAAUUUCCAGUCCUCAAGCUUGAGAUCGACGGAGCGGAUUAGAUUGGCGACGACGGCCGACGAAGAAACUGACGGAGCCGGAAGAACUCCUGUUCACAGCGGCGCCCCUCUCGGCGCUCAUCUGGAUCCAGCGGGGGACGGGGAGGUUGUGGCUGUUGAAAGCCUCGGCGAUGAAGCUGGAGUCCAUUCCGCAGAAGAGGUUGUUGCAGAUCGGUCGGUUAGAGCCGGUUUGCCGGUUAACCGGCUUCGGUUACUCGGCUAACCGCCUGCCCAGACCCAAUUAACGCCAACCGACCGAGACUGAUUUCCUUCGGUUUUCGGUUAGCCGCUAACCGGCGGUUACCGGUUAGACUGGCCGGUUAGCCGCUAACCGGAAACCGAAUUGACAGCCCUAGUGGAGAGUGAAGAAACUUAGUUGACGAGGAAGAAACUUUCAAUUAAUCUUAUUGUUUAUAAAUGUUUAUCUUUAAUUUUGAACAAUUUGCAUUUGAUCAUUUGCGGUUUGCUCGUAUGCUCUAGAUUGGUUUUUUUUGUAUGAAUAAUUUGUAUGAGAAAAUUGAUGUUAAACUUUUAUUUUGAAAGAAACUUGUUAUUGUAAAUUUUUUACCACAAAAACCCACGGCUACCCACAAACCCGCGGAUACCCAACGGGUUGGGUUGGGUUUGAGUUUUUCAAACCCAGUGAGUUUUACCCGGGUUUUUUUGGAUGAUAAACCCAUGGAUUUGGGUUUGACAAAACCCGCCCCAACCCGCCCCAUUGCCAUCCCUAAUGGCGGGUGCCGCUAGAUUGACACUAUUUAUAUAAAAUGGGAAAGGGUUA